GUUGAUUUCAAAUGUUGUACGAUUUAUCGUUUUUACAAUUUAUGAGGCUGAAAUAUAGUUAGACAGUUCUAUCAGUUACUUUGGGGUUAAACAUGGCUAUGAUGCAGAAUUUUUGAACUAUACAAAUAAUUUUAUUUCUCGCUACAGUUGCACCGGAAUAUUUUUCAGAACCUUAAAAAUGAAACCAGUCCUUGGUAGGCCGCAUUUCAAAGUUGUUCUUUCCUUAUUUAUCUUCUUAAAGUUCAAGAUGUUCAAGAGAAAACAACCAUAUCACUGCAGGCCAUAAAUUAAUCAUUUAUUUGACGGUUAUGAUCAAAACUUUGUACAAGGUGGACUUGAUGCGAAAGGAAUUCUCUGCCAGUCGAACCUUUUGUUGAUGCAGAAUAAUAACUAUAGGUGCAAGAAAUAAGUAAAUCUAUGAAUUAAAUAUUAAGAUAUGUAUACUUAAUAGACUUACAUAAGAAAGAUUCAAAAUUGAAUAUUAAAAAUAUUAAAGAUAUUAAAGAUCUUAACCUUAAACUGUACGUAUAGAAAGAGACACAAAAUAAUAAAAGAAAAUUUUCCACAAUAUGUCACAAAGACAGCCAUGAUUAAUGUUCAGUUCCCGGGAAACUCAAUCAAUGUAAUCACUAGUACGAUAUUGAAUUUGUUUCAUUCGUUGACAGCGUCUAGCGAUAUAAACAUAACUUUAAUACAAAAGAAAAUGUGGAACAUUGCCAUACAAUCUCAAAUUUCAUCGUACUCCAAUAAUAGACUAGAUAAUAAUAUUUAUAAAACUGUUCAGCCUUUUAAUUUAAUAUUUACUCUGUUCGUUUCAUCAAAAUUUAAAAUAAGAAACCGUUACAUUUUCCCAUGCGACAAAAUUUAUCAAAUUGUUAUUUUUAUCGUAAACAUAUUCUUUUUUACUUGGAGCCUCUGUAACGUUAUCAGUUUCAUGUUAAACGAUAACGUCAAAUAUGGUGACAAGAUCUAUUGUUUGUCUAUCAUUUUUAGUUCUGCAUUUUACUUCAUCGACUACCUUAUUUUGAUCAUCAAUAAUAUUUUUUAUAGUCAUACCAAUAUUGCUCUUAUCAUGAAAAUCCAAGAUAUAACCAGAGCCAUUAAUAUCAACAAGAGUUUCCGAAGUUACAUUAAUUGGAAUUUUAUUUCCCUUUUUAUAUCUCUCGCAAUUUCUUUAUUGACAAUUAUAUGGUUUUUAAAUUUUUAUAUCUCAUUCGCUGACGUGAGUAUUGAUAUAAUGAUAGUAGUGUUCGAUGUUAACUUAAUUUAUGGAAUUCGUAUUUUGGUGUUAUUCAACAAAUACUUUGAUGUGUGGAUUGAAUCAGUUUAUAAGAUGGAUAACCAACAAAACAAUGAAGAGGAUUGUAACAAAUUGGUUAAGUUGUAUCGAGAUAUUUUGGAAGCUUAUAAAUUGUUUACCGCAAUAUUUACAGUACUUAUUUUCUUCAGAACAAUAGAUUUGUUUAUGCGUGGCUUAAUUUACCUAUACUUAUAUUUCAUUGAUUUUAAAUAUUCGCAUGUUGAAGAAGAAAUUCAUAAUUAUACAAUUAUAGCAACUUUAAUUGUAGGACUUGAUUGGAUGAUAAAAAAUAUAAUAAUAAUAUCUGCGAUUUGUAUGCAGUGCGAAAAGUUUCAAAUGCAUAUAGAGGAGGCAGAAUCGGCUUGCAUACAGCUUGUAAUGAAGAGGGAUUGCCCAAAAAGCAACAAGUAUCUGUACAAGCGAGUGCUUCAAUACAAUCAUUUAUUUACCAAGAUGUCAGCUUACGGAUUCUUCACAUUUGACGCCAAACUCCCAAUGCCUUUGUUGGGUCUCUUGACUAAUUAUAUUAUUGUUUUAUUGCAGUUCGUUUUCCUUUGAAUUUUGUACAGUGUGUAGAAAUGGGAUGGGAAAGGGGUUCUUCUAUUUUUAUAGGUUUUUUUAGUAAAUAAGC